AUGAUCAGCAGCAGCAGCAGCAGCAGCAGCAACAGUCGGGAGCAGCCGAGCGGUACGAUAACUUUCGCCAUUUCGCCGCAGAUCUUCCAUCCGGAUCCCUACCCCCAUGGUGUAGUGCGCUAUCAGCACCUGAUAAACAAUUCACCGAGUAGCAAUUACUUUGUGUAUUACACCGAUAAUGUCGUGGAUCAGCCAAAGCAGCAGCAACAACAGCAGCAACAGCCACAGUAUAUUACGGGGUAUGGUUUCGGUAACAUUGAUCCGACGUCAGGACAGGUGAUCUACAACCAGAAUCCGAUCCCGAUUCAGCUGGUGACACUGGUGCAACCGUCGAUCGGAAGUGAUCGGACGAAGGAGCGUGAGCAGAUCGAUUCAAAGCAGGAAGCGACUGAGGAGAUCGUUGAUGCCCGGGUGGACGUGAAUGAGGCCGGCAUUCGUAAGCUAGUAUCGAGCACUCAGAACUUGGUCAGCAACGAGGACGUGGUGGACAUUAACAAUGCACAGGAAGGUAACAGCACGGAACCACUGGUUACCACCAACACAAAGUCCGAGGAUAGUGAAUCCAGCGAAAGCCAACGUGUACAGACCAAUGCCGGACGGAGUGCUGGGAGCUUCGAGGAACCGAUCGUUGUCGAAGAGGGCGAUACGGUGGAAGCGGCUUCGAGUCCACGGGGUCAACGGUCCGGAAGUGGUGUGUUGGAUCGAUCGAAGCAGAUCAACGUGGAGAUCUUGGGUGAAUCGGAGGACCACAAUCAUGGACAGUUUCUCAAGGAGACAACAAUCCUUGCCAGCAAACCGGCGGAACCGUGCGAUGAAGAUGGCAAGGAGCAGGGAGUGUUGAUCACCAAGCAAGAAGUGACCACCGUUAAACCGGUCACAGUAACGCGGGUCCGUGGAUCGACAGCUGCUCGCUUGAGCACACGGUACAAGGUGACGAAUGGUGUUUCCUCUACGACUGCGCGGUAUCAGCAACCUACAACGGUCACUGUCACUGAGAAGCCACUGUCCUCUCGGUACACGGCACCAAUCCAGACCGCACACCGGCCAGUGACUGGCGGCAAGCCGUCAGUCGUCAGACCUUUGGUGGAUGAUUGUGUGGAUACGGUAGUUCCGGCACCGCGUGAGCACACCAUCGUGGAGGUACAGAAGAGUCUCAACAUCAAGAACAUCCUGGUUGGUCAGCAGGAGCAACCAGUGGCGGCCAACCUGCGCCAGUACGGUGCCAGGACCAAAAUCAUCCAGCAACCGGUGUACGUGGAGAAACCCGUCGAGCGGAUUGUCAAGCAGCCCGUGUACAUCGAGAAACCGGUCGAAAGGAUCGUACACCAGCCGGUGUACGUGGAGAAACAGGUACCGGUGCCGGUGGAGCGCAUCGUGGAGAAACCGGUCCACCAUACGCACUACGUCGAUCGGCCUGUGCCGGUGGAGAAGAAGGUAACGAUACACGUGCCGGUGGAGAAGAUCGUCGAGAAGCCGGUCCAUGUGGAGAAGGUUGUCACGAAAGAGGUGAAGGUACCGUACCCGGUGGCUCAGCUGGUCGACAGGCCAGUUCCGGUGGAGAAGAUCGUUGAGAAGCAGGUAGCGGUGGAGGUACCACGCUACAUCGAUCGGCCCUACCCGGUGGAGAAGAUCGUCGAUCGUCCCUAUCCGGUGGAGGUACCGGUGGAGAAGAUCGUCGAAAAGAUAGUCGAUCGGCCGGUGGAGGUGGAGAAGGUGGUCGAAAAGAUCGUCGAUCACCCCGUGCCCUAUCCGGUGGAAAAGAUUGUCGAUCGGCCUUAUCCAGUGGAGAAGAUUGUCGAAAAGAUCGUCGAUCGACCGUAUCCGGUGCAGAUCCCUGUUGAGGUGCCAGUGCAGGUGCCAGUACACUACCCGGUUGAGGUUCCCGUCGGUAUUCCGAUACCGUAUCCGGUGGAGAAGUACAUCGCACUGCCCGUCCAUGAGCCGAAACCAACGCAUUCCAUCAUCAAAACCGUCCAUCAUGAGCACUUCGACUUUGGAAAGUUUUUCGCGCAAAAGAAGAAGCAUUUCAUGGACCAUUUCUUCCCGAAGUCACAUCAUCAUCCGAAGGUUUCGAUAGUGGAAGUACCGGGAAAGCAUCUGUACGUUCCGAACCAUCACUAUCCAAAGAAUGAUCUACAUUUUGGAGCAUCUGUACCAAGCCCGGUGCUGGUGGAUGGAAACCAUUUGAAUCUGCACUACCAUGCUCUGCCGGACCCUAAACCAAUCUACGGUGUUCCAUAUGUUGCCACGGAUGGCCACGGUGGCAACUUUGGCUUUCCCCACCACCAACCAACGGUAGUGCGGGACGAUUACGUGGGCCCUACGCCACUGCUCGAGGAUCACUGGGCCGUCAAGAGCGAUGUAAAGUUCCGGCGCAGUCCAAACUAUGGCAAGAGCAUACGGAUCGAGUACGGAGGGUUUAAGCCACCACUAGUGCCAUCGGUGGAAAUAGACGAGCACGGUGUGCCGUUGAACAAGGAUAGUAAUAAAUGA